GCGUGUCGUCUCCGUAUUUCGCGUCCACGCGGCACCGAGGCUCCGAAACCGAGGCGAAGAAAAGCGGCAGUCGCGUGUCGACCAGCGGACAGGCCGGUGCAACGUCGAGCGACGAGCGCGGAUGCCUCUCAUCCUUCUGCAUCAUCUCACGAGCGCGCGGCUGCACGUUCGUCGAGAGACCGAUGACUGAAAAAAUCCGCGGAGACGGCCGCCGCACGCGCGUUUCGACACCCGGAAUCCGCAUGAAUCUCCGAUCCCCGGCGCCGCCGUUCGAUUCGAACGAAAUUUCAUUCGAUGGGUCCACGAUGUCGUAAAGUUGCUCUCAGAGGCGCGCUGAACAAGAUCGAUCGGCUCGCCGAUCGAGGAUGUUGACCUGGUAGCGGGUGUUGAUCGACAGGAAAAUCGCUCGCUUGCGGGAAUCCAACGGCUGACGUUCGCGUGCAGCUGUCGGCGAGCGUUAACGUUCAACAUCGAUAAACGUUUUUUCGACCGUUGUCGUCGUCGUCGUCGUCGUCGUCGUCAUUCAGCAGUGAUUCAGUGAAUGGACUUUAUGAGUGACCGUUUUCAAAGCUCGCGGGCAGCAUCCGCUGAAAAAAGACACGAGUGCUCGGUGACGACAGAUCAUCCUCCGAUGGAUCGUACGUGACCAACGCAAACUCGUGGGAUAUCGUUCGAUCGUCGCCAAGAAGAAUAUCCUGUAAAAAAAAGGCCGGAUUUCGAAAGGAGUGGCAGGAUGCCGAAGGAGAACAUGUGGCGGCAGAGGAGAGUGCCCGUUCCCAAGAGAACGAUCGAGCUGAUCGCUUUAGUAGCGAUAUCUAGUACACUUUUUCUCUUUCUACACACGAGAGAUCUACAUUCGCGUCUGAAAAAAAUGGAAAUACGUCUUCAACCGGGUGAGGAUGAUGUGCUCUCGGCGAAUCAGCUCUCAUCAGACGGUAUCCAAACGGAUCCCGAUCCAAACGGUAUCGUCCAUUAUCCAAAUGUGCAACGUAUUCUCGUGGGAAAGUACGAGGAAGCGCUUGACAUUGACGCUCUCAACAACACGAAAAGAGCCGACCGGGAGGUCCUGUUCUUCAAUCGCGUGCCGAAAGUCGGUUCACAGACUUUUAUGGAGCUGUUGAGGAGGCUAUCAAUAAGGAAUGCAUUUUCGUUCAACAGGGACCGUGUGCAGCGAGUCGAGACCAUACGUCUCGCGCCGAUCGAGCAGCUGCAUCUCGCCAGGAUGGUCAGCAGUUAUUCGGAACCGUCUGUUUACGUGAAGCACGUCUGCUUUACUAACUUCACAGAAUUCCACCUACCAGAGCCGAUUUAUAUCAACAUAGUACGCGAUCCUGUAGAGAGGGUCAUAUCAUGGUAUUAUUACGUAAGAGCACCAUGGUACUACGUGGAGAGGAAGCAGAUCUUUCCGGACCUACCGUUGCCCGAUCCCAAUUGGCUCAAGAAGGACUUUGAGUCGUGCGUAUUGAAGGGCGAUCGAGAGUGCAGAUAUUUGCAGGGUGAGAUCCACGAGGGCAUCGGCGACCAUCGCAGACAAACCCUUUUUUUCUGCGGUCACAGCGAAAAGUGCACGCCUUUCAAUACCGUUGGUGCCUUGGAGCGAGCAAAGUUGGCGGUGGAAAAGCACUACGCGGUAGUUGGCGUCUUGGAGGACAUAAAUACAACCCUCACGGUACUGGAAAACUACAUACCACGAUUUUUCCAGGGAGCUACCGAUGUUUACUAUGAUCAAACAAAUUCCUUUAUGAGGAUCAAUCGAAAUUUCUUUAAACCGCCAGUCAGUGAGGAAGUGAAGAACUUGGUGCGCAACAACUUUACCCGCGAAGUCGAAUUUUAUCAAUUUUGCAAGCAGCGACUUUAUAGACAAUACAGAGCUCUAAAAUUGCGAUCGAAAGUUCCGUAGUCCGCAAUCGUGAUGCUCUCUGAAAAAGGACCUCUGUUAUCAUGCGAAGGCAAUUAUUAAAUACAUGAAAGACAUUACGAAGAAGAAUACACUUCAGUGCAAUUACAUUUAUUAGUGUUAGUGAAUAGUGAUUCGAUAAAGAUUUACAACAAAAUGAUAAUUAUUUUUAAAUAACAAUAAUAAUAAUUCACACAAAUUUCAUUAAAUAUUAAAUGGUGCAAAAGAAAAUUAAUUUUAUACAAGAAUUAAUAAUAUAAGAGCUUAUAACAAUAGCUUUUGGACUAAUACCAGAUUAAUAUGACAGACUGUACUCUACUUGUCCAGUCAUCACAAUAUUGAAACUGAAAUUUUAAUAACGACUGCUUGCCGAAAUCAGGAAUUCGUGGCGUUUUAUCGAAGAUCCGAUUACAAUAGCUAUCCCACGAGUCAAAGAUAAAGAACAAAAUAUGUAUUUGUUGUUUCCUUCACGAUUAAUGCAAUGAUCUUAAGGAUCUUAUAUCUAAGGAAACGUGAGGAAACUCAUGAUAUUAUCAAAUUUUUUAUUAUAAUAAUUCCAUGACAAAAAAAGAAUAAUUAGUUCUUCGUGUGACCACUGUGAUGAUCUAGUUCCAUGCGUUUAAGAAAACUUUGAUAAACCUUAUUAUGAAGAAACAAAAUCUCAUGAUGAUAUCAAAUAUUUUAGUACAAUGAUCAUCUCAUGACAUAUCGAGACAAAGAAGAAGAUAAUUUUGAAGUCAUGUGAUGAUCCAAGCUUGACGCAUUUAGAAGAAUCUUGAUAGACAUAAUUAAGUCUAAUAACAGAAUUUAAUAGAAAUGCAAAUAAAUAAUAACUAUUAAAAAAAAAGAAAAAAUAAUUUGCGUGCAUUUAGUGAAAUAUUUGUGGAGUUUUGAGUUUCGGUAAAAAAUGAUUUACCGUUCUAUAUGAAACUUGCCACGAUAUGGAUGCAUCGCGCGACUCAGAAAUAGAGACACUCUUAAUAAGUGCCGAAUGAUCACCUGCGAUCGGACGUCAUGACGCUAUUUUUUUAGCAGACGUCACUACACGAGUUAUAUAUGCAAGUUCUAGGCACAUUUAUCAUUAGGAUAUUUCGCGUUAAUUAAUAGCAUUCACGAUGAUUUUUCUCGCCAACGAUGUAUGAACGAUGCAAAGACUGAUAAAACGAUGAUAUUUUUUUAUCGCGGAGUAUUUACGAUCACAGAGAAAAAUGUACAGGGUAACGAUUAGAAUAUAUCGCUUUGUAAGAGAAAAAUACUUGUUUGUACUCUCAUCGACUUACGAUUAUUUGGAAUAAAACGCUGCCAUUUGAAAAGAAA